GCCGCCGCCGCCGGGCUUGAGCCAUGGGCUCGUCGCAGAGCGUGGAGAUCCCCGGCGGGGGCACCGAAGGCUACCACGUCCUGCGAGUGCAAGAAAAUUCACCGGGACACAGAGCUGGGCUGGAGCCAUUCUUUGAUUUUAUUGUUUCUAUUAAUGGAUCAAGACUAAAUAAAGACAAUGACACCCUCAAGGACCUGUUGAAAGCAAACGUGGAGAAGCCUGUCAAGAUGCUGGUCUACAGCAGCAAGACGCUGGAGCUCAGGGAGACAUCCGUGACUCCCAGCAAUAUGUGGGGUGGGCAGGGCCUUCUGGGGGUCAGCAUUCGCUUUUGCAGCUUUGACGGGGCCAACGAAAAUGUCUGGCACGUGCUGGAAGUUGAACCAAAUUCUCCUGCGGCACUGGCAGGUCUUAGACCUCACAGCGACUACAUAAUCGGAGCGGAUACUGUCAUGAACGAGUCUGAAGACUUAUUCUCCCUUAUCGAGACACAUGAAAGCAAACCAUUAAAACUUUACGUGUACAACACUGAUACAGAUAAUUGCCGGGAGGUGGUUAUUACCCCAAACUCCUCAUGGGGCGGAGAAGGAAGUCUAGGCUGUGGCAUCGGUUAUGGAUACCUGCAUCGAAUACCAACCCGCCCGUUUGAAGAGGGAAAGAAAAUCUCUCUCCCAGGACAAUUGUCUAAUACAACCAUUAGCCCGCUCAAAGAUGGCUUUACAGAAGUUCAGCUGUCUUCAGUCAACCCCCCGUCCUCAUUACCACCUGGGACAACAGGAGCAGAACACGGUCUGGCUGGACUCUCCAUUGGCACAACUCCUUCCGUCACAAAUGUGCUCAAUACAGGUGUUCCCACGGUUCCAUUGUUGCCACCCCCAGUAAGUCAGACUCUUGCUCCAGUGCCAGCAGUUAACUCAGCAACUACGUUACCAGGACUGAUUCCUUUACCAACUGGGCUCCCCAAUCUGAGUAACAUCCCAAACCUUAAUUUGCCUGCCCCACACUUCAUUCCCGGUCCUGGAUUAGCAGACAUUGGGCAUCCUGGUUUGCCACCACUUCCUUCCUUGCCGCCUCUAAAUCUCUCUGGAAUAGCAUCUCUGUCGCCUGAAUUCCUUGCACAGUUUCCAUUGGUCCCAGAUGUCUCCACCCCACCUGCCGACUUGCUUGUCUCCUCUCCUCAAAUGGGGAACAUAUCUGCCAAUCCUGGUGCUGCUGUAAGUGUGGAACGAACCUCUACAUUCACCCUGGAUACCACCACGCCCAGCCCUCCCACUGCCAAGGCCCCUGCCCUUGAAGAGAGGGGAGAUGGAACCACCACGCUGAUUGAGAAAACAGCUCCGUUGACCACAGAGCCAGCUUCGACUGAAUCGUCAUAACUCACAAUGAUUGGAUUGGGCUUUGGUGUAUUUAUUCAAGGGCAGGAUAAAUAUUUUAAAAUGCAAGCUAGCCUGAAUUUUCAUGCAAGGCUUGUAUUUUGCUGUUCGGAUUCCUGUAAAUAUGCUCUAGGUGACAUCAUUAAAGAAGGCCUGGGAUUUUUACAGUGUGCUUGGUGUGGGGAGGGGGAAAUGCUUAUAUUUAAAAAAUAAAAACAC